AGCGGUCACAACAUGUCACGGCGGAUGCUGCUAUUAGGACUUCAAUCACUCCUUAUACAAUUUAGCGUUUAUGGAAGAGCUCAGGCUUUUCCUUGUGGCGAAAUCUGCGAGUGUUCAGAUGAAAAACCAUUUGUAGCAAACUGCAGUGAAAGAAAUCUACUUUUUCUGCCAGAAGGACUACCGGAAUCAACUGCGUACUUGUGAGUUGAUAGUUUUGUUUUGGUAAUUUAGCUUCAUUUAGCUUUAGUACAUAGUCAAAGUGAUGUAUCAUUCAUGAUCAAACAAAAGUUUUGUACAACCCGGCGGGUCACCCUUUUCUGUGUUAAGUAAAUCGUCAGUAACUUCCUGAAAUAUACUUUGAAUAAAAUGGUAAGGAAUUUAAAGAUUUUCCUCCUCUAAGUCAAAGGUUGAAGGAAAAUUUUCACAUAGUGCAAGGUUUUUAAAUUACAGGAUUGAUUCUUUUUAGAAUGAGCAAUAUCACAAUAGAUCUACAACAAAAAUACGGAACAUUUAGCUAAGAAUUUAAAGCUAUCAUCGAUUGAGAUUUCAAGAGCGAAUUCGAACGAUUGCAUGUAAAAGUGUUUUUUUUUGGGUGUAUUUGUUUUUUGUUUCAGCUGUCUCAGCAUCAUUACACAAACUUCUUGUCUAAUCCAAACAAGGCCAGGUUUUCGAGACAUGAUAUUCGUAACCACAUGUGAUCAGAAGUGCCGGGUGAGGCGAACCACCUUUGGUAAACCCGGAACUGACUUCAACAUCAUGAAGCACCUUAAAGGACGUCAAAGGAAUUAAACUCAUCCACAGAUCAAUGUUCUGUUUGUUUUUGUUUGUCGUUUCUUGUUUAUUUUACGUAUUGCAUUGCCAGGUUUUUAGGCCGUUUCAGCGUUUUCUAGCGUUUCGGUUUUAAAAUGAAAUAAGAAAGUUCCUAAUGACGUCUAAAGAAACUAUAUUGUAUUAAAAUCGAUUGGAGGUUUAUGCGCUCUUGCGAUUUAAUUCUCGCAACCUGCUACUGUCUGAUAAAUGAAGAAAUAAAUUGAAAUAAAAACAUUUGAAUAAAAUAUUAAUAAUAAAUUAAUAAAGUUAAAUGUUUUUAUCUCAUAGAAAAGGAAAUUCCGUUUUCUAGCUACUUUCUACAGCCCUAUUAACUUUCCAGAUUCGUUUUCUUUUUUUUCCAGAGAUCUAUCAGGAAACGCAAUUUCAACUUUGGUACCGGAACAAGUCAAGAGUCUUCCAAGCAAACUGCUUAUUUUGUGAGUUGUACUUGUCUAUUGGUGAUUCCCAGUAGAUAUGAUCAAACCUUAAGAACGACAACGGACGAAACUGGCUAGUUUAAAGCCUUUCUUUUUUGUAUAGGAGAUUUAACGUAAAGCAUUGCCCUCUUAUCAUAAGAUUUAACCCAUUUCUUUAGCCACUCUUCGAGCCUAGGAAAAAUCAAGGCAGAGCUCUACUGAGACUGUAAACAGAAUGCAAAGUAGAUGGACGCUUAUUAGAAGUGUUUGCCUAUAUAGUCAGACCACAGUAAUAGAAAGCUUUUGAAUCAUGUUGUUUGGCAAUAAUUUUACAUUAAUAAUAACAUUUCAAUUCAACUUCUGGGUGUUUAACUCCAGCUUGACCCGGUAGUGGGAGUGAAAUCUCUUUUAUCAACGGUCACCUCUGUGAGACGGACACCUCGCUUAAACGGAAAAAAACGGUGUUAGAGUUGGUCCCAUCUUUUGUCGAUUGUAGUCUAAAGGCGUUACCGUGAUUGUUUUCUUUUAGGGUGCUGUCUAAUAUAACCUUGAGUGACCUUCUCUGAGUAGACUAUGAAAACAUCCAAUCAGAUUUUACCUUGGCUGUAUAUUUAAUACCGCUAUUUAUAUACGCUGAUCAAUAGCAAGAGAAUAACUGAAGUAAAUAAGGACCCAGCUUUUGUUUGAACUUGCAGUUUACACGGGUCCAGUUUUCAUCAAACCAGUAUUUUCAGUCACCGUUUUUGACAGCCGUGCAUUGACCCGUUAUACCUAAAGCUUAUUAGACAGUUAAAAAAUCAGGCAGAGAAGAUUAAGAUGAGCAGUUGCCUCCUUUUCGCCGUUAAUGAAAGAUUGAGUUUGUCGUAAACAUAACUCUUAGCUCUCUUCUUUACUUCACCUUUAGACCUUGCGGCUACAUGGUUUCUUUGUCUUUGUUUUUCCUUUAUUGAUUAUUAUCAUUAUUUUUAUUUAUUACGCUAUUAAUACGUAUUCACUGCUUAUUGUUACUCUGCCUAUCUCGCCGUUCAAUUAAUAUUUGGUGUUUUUAUUGGUACUUCAGUGCCAAGAUGAUCGUUCACCAGAGGUGAAAAAGUGCCAAAGCACCACCCAAAACAGUUAUGUCCGUCGAUUACGAGAGAUUCGAAAACAUUUUUCUGGACGUGCCCUAUAACCUGAGACAAGUCUCUAUUUUCGUUUAGCUUUGUAAAUAAAAUUCUCGCGGGAAAGGCGAAACGACCACGUAAGAGAGAAUGUAUGGAAGCUGCUAAAAUUGGGCCUGAUCUCUAGUAUUCUAGUCCUCUAGUAUUUUAAAUUGCACCCGUAUCGUUUGAGUAGGGUCUGAAAGUUUCAAAAUUGGUCUAAUAUCCUGAAAAUUUACUUUUUUAUCUUAGAGAUUUGUCUGGUAAUCCCUUGAAAUGUGAUGACCAUAGCCUCAAGACUCUAAAGAAUACAAUAACCUUAAAGUCCAGCUGCCAAGACUCUAAUUUUGUGGAGACUGAUGAUAUACAUUUUUUACGAACGAGAGGUUAGCCGAGUAUUAAAUAUUGCUAAAGCUCAAAAUAAACCAUUGAAAUUUGACGGCAUCCAUAAAGUUCACCCACAAUUGAGUGAUAUAUUACUAGCUGAAAAUCUUCCUUCAGUCUUAAUAAUAUAUAUAGACUUAACAGUUUAAAUGUAGCUUGCAUCACCAUUAUUUACACCAACUCAAAUUAGUUAUCACUUGAAAACAUGCUUUUCUUACUGUUUCAGAAAAAAGAACAUUACAUCGUUCAAGGAGAACUGUAACAGGUAGUUCUUAUCUUGAUUAUUCUUUUCCGUCCUCGUACUGUGUUUCUCAACCAUGCCUCAAGUUUCUAGUAAUGCGAAGUUAAAAUAUAUAUGUUCGAUAGUCGAUGUCUGUCCCCAACUCACCGGCACCUUCCCUAAAAAUAUUAUUGUAAAUGGUUGCAGUGAAAAAAUUGCCAAUGGAGCGCUGGGUGCCCUUCAAAGCUUGGCCGGAGAAUUGCCGGCCCAGGAAAAUUUAUUUCAUGGUCAAGUUAUUCGACCACUUAAGUGAUAAAUGUUGUUGACGAACGCUUCUUACGUCUCCAAACCAUCAUUUAACACAGAAUGCCAGAGAGGAUCUCCAAACUGCAUGAAGCACAUUUGUGGAGGGAUCGAAUAUUGGUUAAUAUACGCCACCUACUGGGGUUGCUGUAACGGAAGUAUCCACGACUUACGCCAGACAUACUGCAGUGUAAAUCAAGGAGUACAGCCGUGUAAAAGUCCCCAUGCCGAGUCAUUUGAAUGCCAAAACGGUCACUGCAUUCCAGAACCAUGGCUCUGCAACAAUGCUAAUGACUGCCAAGACGGGAGUGAUGAAGCUGGCUGCGACGAGUGCAACGGAACGCAUGUCUUCCGCUGCUGGAACAAAAGAUGUGUUCCACAGUCGGUUGUUUGCGAUGCGUACAACGACUGCGGCGACGGUAGCGAUGAAACAUUUUGCCGCACGUUAGAUGGAGGGUGGUGUAAGACGCAGGAAUUCCGUUGUGCCACAGAUGUUUGUGUUCCUAUCACACAUGUUUGUGAUGGUAAAGCUGACUGCGCCGAUUCCUCAGACGAAAUUGGAUGCAUAGAAGGUAUGAUAAGCACGAGAAAAUUCUUUGUUUCAUUUGUGCAGUGGCUAUACUCUCAGAAAUAUGUUUCGGAGAUAAGAGAACACUUGCGUCUGAAGGGUCCGCGAUAUGGGUGGACCUCUCUCAUCCAGAGAUUCCUCUUUGAGUCGAAGGGCGUUUGAGGAAAGGGAACAAUAAUGCUCGCGGAGGAUGCCUUUUCCCUCCUCCCAUCGUCUACCGCUCGUUUUCUUGUUUUUAAUCAUACCUAUUGUUUUGGAAUAACCUGAGGACCCUCUGCGGAGGAGAAGAGAUGUGGACAGGAUUUGCAAGGGACAGGGUUCCUUUCUAAAGGCAAAGAGUAAUUUGGUCAAUGGGCAAUGAGCUUUCUAAGACUUAGCUUUUGAUACAUUUACUUACCCCAGUCCCUUAUACCCGCAGUCUGUGAACCAGGAUGGAACAAAUACAUGUCAUCGUGCUAUAAGUACUUCAACAGCCAACAAAGAUGGACUGAUGCAAGAGGCCUUUGUAAGAACCUUAAUGCUGAUCUUGCUAAGAUCACCAGUAGUGAUGUACACGAUUUUGUCUUCCGUCUUGGUCUUCACCAGCCGUUUGACACUUGGAUCGGUUUGCGCCAGCAAUCAACAGUAAGCUUUGUUUGGACAGACGGUGCCUCUGUUGGCCAAUUCACUUUUUGGUCUGACGGAGAACCUGCGUCAGGAAAUGACGUUUGCGCCAAAAUGGGUCGUAACGAUAGUCAUGGACGAUGGAGGACAGGUGAAUGCACCAUUGCACACAACUCAUAUGUGUGCGAAAAAGGUUUGUUCUAAAUCAAGUGAGCACUUUAGUCGCCCAGCUGGGACGAAAGAUCAAACCCUUUGACUUCUAAUAUACGUUCUUGAAAGAACAUAAUCCCUAUAAAACCUAAGAACAUUGUUUUUCAAAGGUUUCUCUUAGUUCAUUGAAUUUACAUAUUAUGAUUGCUUUGCAGCUGGAGUUUGCGAUUAUUUACUGACGGGAACUAAUUGCAGUGGCACCUUUGGUAAGUUUUAACAUUUCACUCUGGCUCCAUGUAAAACUACGAGAAUGCAUAACCAUACAGUGACCGUUCCAUGACUAUCUGAGUGUUGCGAGUUCACAUUCAUCUUCUAUAAACUUCUAUUUAGGCAAAGAAGGAGGAAAG